GGACAAAACACAUAACCAACCACUGUUCACCUCUAGAUGCUAAACUGUAGCUGAAAAUGACAUCGUUUGUUAUCAAACCUGCUCUUCUCCGCUGUUUUGUUCGGACAAGCAGGUUCAUAGGCGACCAUCGCACGAAGAAACCAUUGUGUUCCCGCAGAAGUUAUGCCACUGAUGGAGAUAACAGGGUCCCCAAAAUAUACACCAAAACUGGAGACAAAGGUUUCUCAAGCACAUUUACAGGAGAAAGGAGACCAAAGGAAGAUCACAUUUUUGAAGCUUUAGGAAAUACAGAUGAACUUUCAUCAGCUAUAGGAUUGGCCAGAGAAUUUUGCCUUGACAAAGGUCACAUGUUCACUUAUCAACUGGACAAGAUACAGUGCAUUUUACAAGAUGUGGGCUCCAAUAUCGCUACACCUCAAUCGUCUGCAAGAGAAAGUCAUAUAAAAAGGACUAAAUUUACUGCUCAGCCAAUUGCAGACAUGGAGACCUGGAUUGAUACCUUUACAGCAGAACUCCCUCCACUGACCAACUUCAUUUUACCAUCCGGCGGAAAGAGUAGCGCAGCUUUGCACUUGGCUCGGACGGUCUGUCGGAGAGCAGAACGCAGUGUUGCCCCAAUUGUGCGCUCAGGGGAGGCAGAUCCAGAUGUUGCCAAGUUCUUGAACAGAUUGAGCGACUACCUGUUCACCGUCGCCAGAUAUGCAGCCAUGAAAGAAGGCAACGAGGAGAAAAUCUACAAAAGACCUGAAUGACCACAUUCACACAUGAGGAUUAAACAAAAACCUGAUUUGUUUGGAAUGAUUCAUGUAUAUACUUCAGUCAUAUUGUAAAUACAUUAUUACAUAUGAAUAAGGUUCACAAUUGUCUCAGUUCAGUGAUCACGGGUCAUAAUAAAUCUUUAUGUACAUCCAAAA